ACCACAAACAGAGCAGCUGAAAUGUGUAAAAUGAGAUUUUUUAGGUUCUCCUCAGAGAUUCGAGCGACCACCGAUCAUUGGAGGAAAAGAAGGUAAUCCCCCACCCCCCUUCUCCUCCCAGUAUCCCAGAUUCCUCACACAUCUGGUUGCUUUGUGUCUCUCCAAAACUGACUACUGCAAACGUCUAAGGGGGAAAGCGAGGAGGCGGAGGGACAUAUGUGAAGAGGGGGUGGAAAAUAUUAUAAAAGCAAGGAAAGGAGCGUGAAAGAGGAAGCAAGCAGGUCACAAUCUGGCGCUUUUCCCAUUCUGCAAGACGCCCGCAGGAACAAUGACAAGAUGGCAACUGGUUCGGUACUGUUUGCUCCUCUCUCUUAUCAUAUACUUCCUCAAUGGACGUAAAGCGUCUGUCAGUGUGGAGUCGCCUCAUCCUAUCUUUCGUGCCUUGGGAAUGGACAGGGAAAGAGCAAUGAGAGACAUGACGGUUACCAAGGCAACAGCACCAGAAACUCCUGUGGAGACCCCUUGGGGUGCUCCCUUGGUGUGGGGUGACACCCAGACGUCAGCCCUGCACAGGGCUAAAUUUGCACAACGGGGAAUCCGUACAGGUCUGCUGGCCCUCGUUGUGGGAACUUAUGCCCGGUUCGUGCAACGCUUCAUCACUUCAGCUGAAACCCAUUUCCUCCCCGGUCAGAUGGUCACCUACUACAUUCUCACGGACAACCCUCGCACUCUGGACCCCCCCAUCGUGGUGGGCCCCGACCGUCAGCUGAAGGUGGUUCCUGUUGCAGAGCUGCCCGGGUGGGAGAGGCUGGCUCGUCGGCGGAUGGCCCUGCUUGCCGAUGCCAUCAGAAACCCAAUCGGCAGCGAGGUUGAGUACAUCUUCUGCGCUGACAUCGAUCAGGAGUUCGUGGCCCCCGUGGGAGAUGAGAUCUUGGGGGACCUGGUGGCUACAUUGCACCCGGAUUUCUACGGGAUGCCACGAAAUGCAUUUCCUUAUGAAAUCAAACAGGUGUCAUCAGCGUGGGUGGAGGAGGACGAAGGAGACUACUACUACACCUCAGGGUUUUACGGGGGCCUGGUUUCGGAGAUGUACAGUCUGGCUCGAGCGUGUUCUCUGCUCAUUCUGCGGGACCAGGCUGAAGGGGUAAUGGCCAGGGGCCUCGAGGAGAGCUACUUAAACCGCUACUUGAUCGGCAAAAGGCCCACCUGUGUGCUUUCCCCAGAGUACAGCUGUUGGGUGUCGGCCCUGGCUCCUGAUGUGUAUGUGCACAGGCUGGUACCAUUGGGAAAGAAAGACUUGUGAUAAUCAGAAUGGGAAUCAAUGUAUAAUGUAGGUUUCUGCUGGCCGAGGCCAUUGAGGAAUGAAUGUAGAUUAUUGUUUUUGGUGUCACAUUUCAUUUUGGUGAAGGUGUCUGUACCAAAGCUCCAUCAGUGUAAUGACAGGUCAUAUGGGGAAGGGAGGAGAUCAAAAGAGGGAAUGUAUUGCAAUAACUUCUAUUCAAUGUAUACUCAAUAACUUCUGUUUCUGUUCCAUUAGCCAUUAAAUGUAGGUGGCAAACACACACACAAGCACACUGCACUAUCUUCUCUCAAUUAAAGACCCAUUUGUGUAAA